AGCUGAUUCCUCUCGCCUUUUUCUUCCUCUGCACUUUCCCUCUUGCCUUGCGGUCCAACGCAAGCAGCUCCAAAUCUUCCCAAUUCAAGCCACGAAUCAAACCAUCGAAAGAGAACCCUAGAUCUUCGCAAAUAUAAGAAGAUGGCAGCGGCGAGAGGCCACUUCAACUUAACAGCAAGAACGGUCCCCGAAUCCCACCAGCAAUCAUCGUGGCACUCCCCCGUGCCAUACCUCUUCGGCGGGCUCGCUGCAAUGCUCGGCCUGGUCGCCUUCGCGCUCCUGAUUCUCGCCUGCUCUUACUGGAGGUUGUCCGGCCAUUUCGACACAAGGAGGAACGACACCGACUCCUCAGAGAACCAGCAGGACCUCGAGGCCGGUGCGGAGAAGGAGGCCGAGGAUCGCGAGGACCAGAAGAAAGAGAAGGUUUUCGAGGAGAAGAUAGUGGUGAUCGUGGCCGGUCGAGAAAACACCAUGUUCUUGGCCACGCCCAUCUUGUCCCCUGCUAGCAGUAACUGCAGCACUAGCAGCAGCAGUAACUGUAGUACGAGGCUGUCUUGUUUUGAGGAGAGUGAGUGCGGUAGUGUUGGUGAUAAGAGAGAGAAGUUGGCGGCUGGAGAGGCGGAGAUGGCCAGCAAGCAUGGUGAGUCUGAUCGGGUGGAUCACAGUGGGGACUUGGAGAACCAGGAUGGCUCUGGUCAGAGCCCUUAAUUGGGGAAUUCGUUUCCUUUUCUUCUAGAGUGAUGAGUUCGUGGGUGUGGGCAGGACUUAGCUUCGAGAAAUUUUCUUUCUCUUUUUCUUUUUGGUCAUUUUCUAAUUUCCCAUCUUUUUAUGCCCCUGUUUUGGUCCGGGAAACGUAAAUAUGAUAUACGGAGGAUUCGAGUA